AUGGCGCAAUCAGGGUUUUCGUCGACAUGGGGACCCGGGGGCGGGGAUGGCGUCUCCGGAAGCCGUCGCAAGAGGGUUUUCGAGUAUCUCAAGGCGGCAAAUGAGUUGCGCCAGACGUACACAUCCCAAUGGUCUACGCAGCGGAACGAUCCCAACGAGGACUACUAUAAUACACCUGGCGCGUUUCCGGAUGUUGAAAUAGCACGGGCGGGUGACGAGGAGAUGGUGCUCUUCCCGAGCUAUGCCAGACGAUUGACGGAAAAAAGGAAGGCCGAGGUCUACGCCCAGCAGCGGCAGCGGCAAGAAUCGUGGCCCGAGAUGAUCGAUGAAUACUGUGGGGAGUCCGAUGUUGGGGAUUUCUAUGGCGCUGGCUGGAAAGACUCAGAUCUUGAGGAUGCGGUGGUGGAUGUCGAUGUGCGUGGCUGGAUCUACGCACCGAGUCGAGGACCCAUGAGCCGGAAGCAUCGUCUGAUGAUUGCGCUGGCCAGGAAGCUGAGCGGGAUCCCAGCUCCCACGGCAACUACGAAUGACGAUAGCACCGACAAGACGACCGGCAAGGGUGAGGAUGAAUACGUGGAUAAACAGAUGCAAUCUCUGGUCGACACCGCUGAGAAAGACGCCGACCCGGCAUGGAAGAGCAGCUCGACAGGGGAUCGAGGGCGUGGGGCUGCCAGUCAGCCUGAUCCAUUGAGCAAGGACGAACUGUCCAUGGCCAAUGCGCAUCUGAUGGAGCGACUUCGCCCGUUCCUGACGAAUCCUGUCGCGGGCAUGCCGGUGACGGUUUUCUUUUUCAACGACACAGAGAGCAAAUCGCGGAAUCUCAUGACAGACGAGUCGGGGCACUUCAGUCUCCGUGCUGCAUUGCCGUUUGCGCCAACUCACAUCCGUGUGUUGGCCUCGGAGGAUCUGUCCGCCGCUCGGCCGCUCGAGAUCAUCGAGCCGGUGGGUAUUAGUUUGAUCAGCGACAUCGAUGAUACAGUGAAGCACUCUGCCAUCGCCGGCGGGGCGAAGGAGAUGUUCCGGAACACGUUUGUGCGUGAGUUGUCCGAACUGACUGUAGAUGGAGUCAGUGAGUGGUAUACUCAGCUGGCCAAACAGGGCGUGGAAAUCCACUAUGUGUCCAAUGCACCUUGGCAGUUAUACCCCCUGCUGGAAAGGUAUUUCAAGAUGGUGGGCUUGCCACCGGGCUCGUUCCAUCUCAAACAAUACACGGGCAUGCUACAAGGGAUCUUCGAGCCUACUGCCGAGCGAAAGCGAGGAUCAUUGGAACAGAUCCUCCGGGAUUUCCCUGAACGCAAGUUCAUUUUGGUCGGUGACAGCGGCGAGGCUGACCUGGAGGUCUACACGGACAUUGUCCUGGCAAACCCAGGCCGCAUUUUGGGCAUUUUCAUCCGUGAUGUGACCACUCCGGACAACAAGCAGUUCUUCGAGAAAUCCGUGAGCCAUCUCGAACCAACCAACAUGCGCAGCCGCAGUACUCCGCAACUGGUGGAUCAUACCGACUCAUCGGCUGAUCGACCGGCACUACCACCUCGUCGGCCUCGGGAGCCGUCGCCGCUGCCGGGGGAUGAUGACGCGAAGAGCAUUGAAAAUGGGGAUUUGAUUGAUCUGCGAGACGAGAUCGAUGAGAGCCCGGCGUCUGUGAACCCUCGCGCAGCUCCCGCUAAGCCCUCCAAGCCGUCCUCUCUGCGCGCAGUCGCAGCACCACCUGGUGAAUCCGAGAGUAAUGCACAAGCACCACCGGACGCAAUCCGGCGCAAACCGGUUCCUCCAGUACCACCUCGGCGCUCCGCCACGACCAAGACUGACUCAUUGAAUGAUCUGGAUACCCCAUCAUCAACUCGUUCAAACCAUGAAGCUAGUGGCACACAGGCUCCACCACCACCUCUUCAUUCCAAGCCUAAACCCUCACCACCCGUCCCACCUCCCAGGCGUACCAACACGGCGUCCCCCACAGUUACCUCCAACUCGAGCGUAUCGACCACGCCUCGACCCGCAACUGCAACUGCAGCUGCAGCUGUUAAAGCGUCGUACCCCGCGGUAGCCGCCCAAGCCGCGUUACAAUAUGCAACCGAGCGCCUCAACUUGUCGCAAUCGCCCUCUCUCGGGCUGCGCCAGUCGCCCUCUAACCAGUCUUUGGGACGGACAGCCUCAAACGGCUAUAGCAGUGGCGGCGAGCCUGGCACGCCAGCAGCACCGCUCCCUAAUCGGCGUGAAGAGCUCUGGCGACGUCGCUGGGAACGAGCGAGCCAGGUUCUCGAUGACCACGGGGUUGUCUUGGGCAGCUGGCGUGUUGGAAGCGAUGCACAGCCUGUUUGUUUUUGGCUAGUCGAUGGGGUUCUGAAGGAGAUGCAGGGGAAAGCCAAGUCCAGUGGUCGAUCCUAG